GGCGGGCGCGGGGUUUUAGGGAGGCGCUGGCGGUUGCCGCUACGGGCCAUGGAGGACGUGGCGUGGGUGGCGGCGCAGGCGGUUGCGGCGUGGGUGGCGCUGGUGCUCGCCCUCAUCGUGGUACCCUCGGCGCUGGGCGUCUCCCUGGGCAUCUCCGAGGCGUACAUGUGGGUCCUGGUGAAGACGCUGGAGUGGGCUACUAUACGGAUAGAAAAAGGUGUCAAAAAGCCACAGCCAGAGAUCCUAAAGACUCCUGCUGCUAAUGGUAUCAUUGUAAGAGAUGAAACACCUAUGGAGAAAGAAAUUGCACGUUUGCAUCGAGCGGACUUUGAAUUCUCUGACAUAUUCUACUUCUGCAGAAAAGGGUUUGAGGCCAUUGUGGAAGAUGAAGUGACCCAAAGGUUUUCCUCUGAAGAGCUGGUCUCCUGGAAUCUCCUCACAAGGACUAAUGUGAACUUCCACUACAUCAGCCUAAGGCUGACUAUUGUAUGGGUCAUUGGGGUUAUAGUGCGGUACUGCCUCCUGCUGCCCUUACGCUUUACCCUCGCUGCCAUUGGGAUUACCUCGAUGAUUGUGGGGACAACAAUGGUAGGACAGCUGCCAAACAGCAGUAUGAAAAACUAUCUGAGUGAAGUGGUCCACCUCACGUGCUCCCGCAUCCUUGUCAGAGCUCUAUCUGGUACCAUCCAUUACCAUAAUAAGGAGAACAAACCUCGGAAGGGAGGAAUUUGUGUUGCCAACCACACAUCACCAAUAGAUGCGAUCAUUUUGACAAAUGAUGGGUGCUAUGCAAUGGUUGGCCAGGUUCACGGUGGACUAAUGGGAGUGAUUCAGAGAGCCACAGUCAAGGCCUGUCCUCACGUGUGGUUUGAGCGCUCGGAAAUGAAAGACCGCCAUCUAGUGACUAAAAGACUCAGGGAACACGUGGCGGAUAAAAGCAAGCUCCCGAUCUUAAUUUUUCCAGAAGGCACCUGCAUAAACAAUACAUCUGUGAUGAUGUUCAAGAAGGGGAGCUUUGAAAUAGGAGGGACAAUCUAUCCUGUUGCAAUCAAAUAUGAUCCUCAGUUUGGAGAUGCAUUCUGGAACAGCAGCAAAUUCAACAUUGUGAGUUAUCUGCUGCGAAUAAUGACCAGCUGGGCCAUUGUUUGCAAUGUGUGGUACCUACCACCAAUGGAUAGAAAGGAAGGUGAAGAUGCUGUUCAGUUUGCCAACAGAGUGAAGUCGGCCAUUGCUCGCCAAGGAGGACUGACUGAACUUCCCUGGGAUGGAGGUCUGAAGCGAGCAAAAGUCAAAGAUACUUUCAAAGAAGAACAGCAGAAAAACUACAGCAAGAUGUUAGUGAGAAAUGGAUCGAUAGGAAGUUUGUCUACGGGAGCAGAGUCAGACUGAAUGGUAGUUCUUGAAAACUAAUUUUGCACAACCAGCCUUAGCAGGAAUAAUGCUCUUCAAUUAAAAAAAACCAACAAAAACUGGAGCAACAAAAUCCUCAUCACAUGUGUGCAUAUUCUCUGUAUGGCUGGUGCAGAGCAUGCCAAGGGUAGUGUCUUUGUGUUUCUCCCUCCCUUUUCACUCCUCUUGCUCCCCUGCCCCUUCCCAUCUUCACAUGAUGAUGCACUGCAGCUCCUGGUGUUCUGGGGCUGAAUGUGUGGAGAGAUAAGGGACAAAAGGCAAAAAGUACUGUUUUUUCCAAGUUUGUAGGGACAAAGGGAACUAGACUGAACGUGCUGUCAGGACACUGCUUGUGAAGAUACCUCUUGUUCGUGGUACUUGGAAACUUUAGAUGUAACAAUUUUCUUUUUCCAGUUGCUCACAGACUUUUAGUUGUAGAUGACUUAACGUGUUCUAGGAUGUUGUUGGAACUGUAAGGCUGACUCUUGGUUGGCUUGUGCCUGAAUGUGCAAGGGGGGAAGAAAAGCAAGGGCUGCAGAGCCUGAAGGAUAUGAAAUGACCUACCCUGAUAAAAGUACAGUUCAAAGACCAUGAGAAAUUUGGUGGCCUUAUAACAUGAUAUCGCCUUUACUGAGAACUGCUACUUGAGUGGAGAUAAGGGGCUAGUCCUCAAUCUCGCUUUCCAUUGCUACUGUCAAAAUGACUUUCUUGAGAUCUGGAGUUGUAAAGAUAAAAGAGUAAGCAGCUGGAUAACAUAGGCUGUGAUGGAUGAAUUUUUAUGAAGGGGGUUUUCAAGACUGUCUGCAAAAAAUUACUGCUGAUGGCUUAAAGAUCUCAAGAGAGCUGCUCCGGAAACACAUUUUCUGUUGAUCUGGGCUAGCGAUAGCUAUCACAACUAUAAACAUAGGAACCAUAAGUCACUUGUGAUACAAGAUGUGGCAUGUUCAAAUCUGCAAUAUAUUGCUGUCUUAAUGUAAAGAGAAAUAAAUUCUAUA